AUGAAGUCUCCUCUUUACCUUUUGACGAUCCUGCUUCCUCUAGCAACCGAGAUCGUGGUCGCUUCCCCGACCGCGAAUUUCGAAGACUCCGAUAUCCUUGAGGAGAGAGAUCGCGGCGGAGGAGGUAAAGUUGGGGAUAAGUCUAAUGCCUGUAGGAUCCAACAUCCAUACUGGUACUGGAAGUACCCAUGCGACUCGAGCGACAAGUUUGGUAGUCGUGAAAAUACAGGUGGCCAGUGGAAUGCAAUUUGCCGGUACAAGUAG